UCAAUGUUAACCAAAGGAGAGACAUUCAAGAUAUUCCGGCUGCCGAGCUUCAGUUGAUAUACAGUUUGUGCUUUCGAUUCACUUUUGUAGUUUUUCUCUAUAUAAUAAAAAGAACAUAACACGUUCGCUUAGACAAAAACAAUAUAUCAUGCGUGAGCGGAGUGAACGCGUCAGAUGUUGUCUCUCGCCACAGUGUAAUAUCCGCUAUUUAUCCUAGACUGCAUAAUAAACAACAUUUGCCAUGACUUGCGAAAAGUGCUCUGGCGGCUCUGAAAGCAGUUUUUAUAAUUCACGAUGUAAGAUGUAUGUCACUGUGAUCUUGUUUAAUUCCCAGGCUUGUGCGUUCAAGGGUUUUUCUGUCAUAUCUGCAAUGCUUGGUGGGGGAUUGGCCUGCGUCUACUUCAUCCUGAUCAUGAUACAGGCAAGAAACAGAAAUUAUGAUCAGGGUUCAGAAAUUGCUAUCCUUGCAAUGAUUUCGACUCUCAAUUUUAUUGAAUUUUUCAUUGGGAUUUGGGCUGCGACGAGCGUUUAUAAGAUGAGGAUAUGUUGCUUUUACAGUCCAUCACCUCAGAGGCAAGUAAUGUACACCGCGAACUCCGAUUAUGCAUUGACCCAGGGACCUGCUAUUGUCCAUGUGGCCUCUCAGAUGCAGUUGAGCGGUGGGGCACAAGAGAGCCAACCUCAAGCUCAGUACGGAGCCAUGACGUCGGGUUACCAACCUCAGCGCAUUGACUUGCCUCCGUCAUAUGAAGAGGGACAGCACUUGACGCAGCAAAAGCAACAGGCGUCUAAUGGUGUUCCUGUGGCCGUUCGAAUACAAACAGGCGCAAGAAUCGUUGCAGACCAAACUAUCAUCCCAGAGGCACAGGACAACCAACCACAAAUAGUCCUACUUCCAGAUUCUAGAGAAAUGGAUGAUCCACCUCCUGCGUAUGAAGCUGUUGCGACAGGUUACCAAACUUUGCAGGUUGAUUUGCCUCCGUCCUAUGAAGAGGCAGAACACGGUCAAUUAAGAACUUAUGUUUAACUCCUAAUGGAGAUUUACGAUGAAGAUUUCACGUCGUUAACAUCUCGCAACACCCGUCUUGCUGCUCGACAAUAUGUCAAGAUAAAGACAAAAAAUAAAUAACUAUAACAGUGAACAUACACAUAAACACAGAAGCAAAUGAAAUUGAGCUUCUUUGUUCUGUUUGAGAUCGUAAAGUAUUCGUAAAUCAGUAUUUUGUUCAUUUGUCUAAGGAUUUAUUAUGCCUUAGUUGGAAAAGAAUUUCUGCUCUGAUUUGCAGCCUUUAAAUAAUGGCCAUCAUUCAGUUGCAAUGAUGGUAUUAAAUUAUUUGCGUAAAUUGCUUGCAUUUGGAAUGUGGAUUACAUCAGUAGAAUCAGAUAAUACAAUAGGUAAGAAUAUAGUUUAAGAAUUUAUCAUAACUAAACAACUACUCAAACAAGAUAUGAAAUAAAUGAAAUCAGUUGUAAAUCAGAUGGCACAGGUAAUCGUGUGAAUGCGAGUGUAACAAAGGAUUUACACUACGCGCCUUUGGCCGAGUCUAAUUUGAAGGUAUUGUAAAAUAUCUUGAGUAGCUUAAGUCCUUAAAAGCUGGCGCUUUCAUACGAUGACACGUGUGGUUUAUGACUAAAAAUAUACGAAAAUGUGACGCUCAAUUGGCCUGCUCCCAGCCAACCGCAAUGGAAUAUUUUCUCAGUCAUAUAAUAAUGGAAAUAAUUGAUGAAAAAUAAAUCUUUAAAUCAUUCCUACAGCUCAAAUAUUAGAACUUUGUAUUGAUUUUUUCGUGGAAACUAUUACUGUAUAACUUACAUUAAAACUACAAAAAAAGUACCUCUAUUGGUAGGCAUGUUUUGGCAUAGAAGACGACUGACCUUAGAGGAUCAAACAUCUUUACAGGAAACUAACCCAAACACUGUCAUCCGACUCCCACAAAUGAAUAGCGGGAAGGUCUAUGGGAUGCGCCGUACGCGUAUGGGAUGCGCCGUACACGGUACCAUAGCUAAGUUUGCGACUAAGUGGAAUAAACUUUGUCUUAGUGUAUGUCUAUGUGUGUGUCUAUGUCUAUGGCUAUGUUUGUUACGUAUUAUAUUAAGCCACAUCGACUGGCACUAAGUUUGUAUUUCUUAAUUGCUUAAAAGACACGGGAAUUGUAGUGGAUUUGCAUUUCUUAGAUAGACUCAUGCUGUGAUUAACAAAACCACCCAAGCUCGCACGAAGCACAAUAUAACAUAAUUAUAACAUAAUUUCUAACCCUUUCCCCUUUCGUUCCAAUUGUUUUCUGGACUCUCAGCCGAAUUGCAAAUGGAUGAGCGAAUAACAAUUACCGAAAAGUUGCGAAAAUAACGAGUGUCACAUCUGCAAAGUGACGAUAAAGUUCAGUGUAAUCAUUCUUAUGGUUAGUAAUUUCUAAAAGAAGCGGCCCUUCGAGAGUAGUUAAGACUCCUUCAAAUCAGUAACGUAACUUAGCUAGGAAAUAAACGAUGUAACAAGACAAAGCAUUUGUCUGUUCUGUAUUAAAAUUUGCAUUCUUUUAUCAUA